AUGGCCGCCCGCCGCAACGCUCGCCGGGACUUGCAGUCCGGCCUUUUCAAACCCGCGAAGGACGCAGGCGUGGAGAGGAUGGCGGCGGCGGCGGCGGCGGCGGGGGGAGGGGGCGCCUACAGCCUGGGCCUGGCCAACGAGCGGCUGCGGCUGCUGGAAGAGCUGGAGCGCGAGAUCGGGGCGGCGCUGCAGAGCGCAGGCACGGUGAUCCUGGAGCUGUCCAAGGAGAAGCCGAGCGAGCGGCUGCUGGACCGGCAGGCGGCGCAGUUCGGGGCCUCGGUGCAGAAGGUGGAGGCGGAGCUCUCGGGCCAGAUCCGCUACCUGACGCAGGUGGCCACCCGGCAGCCGCACGAGGGCUCGAGCUACGCGGCGCGCAAGGACUGCCAGAUGGCCCUAAAGCGCGUCGACUUCGCCCGCCUCAAGCUGGCCGAGCUGGCCCGCGGCUGCGAGCAGAUGCUGGAGCAGUAGCGCCGGGGCCGCGUGCCCCGAGGGAUCGCUUCGGGGAGUGCCGGGCCAGCCCCGGACGCCCGCCUGGACCGGCAAGCCCCGGCGGGGGCGCGGAAGCCUUUAGCGGGCACCGGUUGCUUUCUGGACUUUGCGCCAUCGACUUGACCUUCUUCCUCGGAGACCUCGUGUUGGGGAAGCCCCGCAAAUAAAGUGGGUUGAUUCGGAAAAAAAA